AGAAGAAGAGCGCAGACUCCUGCCUACAGGAAGUGUUGAGUAGGUGCUGGUAGUAGCUUUCUUUCUCUGUGCUUGUUUAUUUCAUUGAAUCUGACAGAACAUAUCCCUGGUCCUGCUGGAUGCUGCCUUCACCUCCCAUUCCAGCUCAGCCUGUUGAGUGAGUGUGUGUGUGUGUGUGUGUGUGUAAAUUGAGUCUUGAUCCAUGUGAGCGUGUUUCUGUAGGAUAGUGUAUGUGAGUGUGUGUGCCCACCAUGUCCCCGUCUCCCUCGCUGUGUCUCCACCUUCCCCUCCUGCUGCUGCUUCUCCUCACCUCGUGUGCCUCUGCCCCGGAGACCCAGCCCAGCGCCACACCAGCUAACUGCACCACUGGAUGUGUUAAUGGUGGUGGCAGUAAAAAUGAAACCGAUGUACAGGUGAAUAAGCAGUCAGAUGACAGACUGGAGGAGUUGUCCCUCGACCAAUCUCUAUCCAUCAACCACACCUUAAACAUCUCUGUAGUAUCUCCAACUCCACUCAACCAAUCUGCAGAAGGAAAGCAACCACAGCCAGCAUUACCCACACAGGCUGCUCACACUGCGCCCAUCACCAGCACUGCUGAUACUACACCCGCAAUUGCAAGGAAUGUCAACAAAACCACUUUACCAGUGACUUCACAUCACACCUCAACUACACCCACAGCACCUCCAAAAACAACUACACAAACAACACCCUUCAUGACAACAUCAACGACUACACCAACAACAACAACAACUCCACCACCAACAACAACAACACCACCACCCUUCUCCACAGCAGCAGCGUCAAACCCUGCAACAACAAUAAAAACUACAACCACACUACCAAAAGCUAACACGACCCUUACGGUGACUACAACCAAAGGUACGCAACAGACGAAAGCCCCAAGCUCUGCAGCGCCACCACCAGUUCAGACGUCUUUACCUAAAGAGACCCCCACCGUAACCAUCAGCAGCACCACUACUGAAAAUAACAAAGGGCCUGUUGCCUUUGGAACGGUGGUGGAGGUUGCUGUGUCGCCGUUGACCCUGCAGCUGGUGGACACGGCGUCUUUACUCUCCGUCUUGCUCUUUGGCCUGCUCUUCUUCUUGGUCUCGGUGGCCGUGUUCGUCACUCAGGCCUACGAGAGCUACCGGAGGAAGGACUACACCCAGGUGGACUACCUGAUCAACGGCAUGUACACAGACUCUGGGGUGUGAGGGGGAGGCACAGCGCGUCGUAUUGCCUGGAGACUGUAACAUGGAGGAUGGACAGCAUGGUGCCGCUGUUGAUUCCCAAAGUGAGUCAGUGUUCCUGUUAGACAGUUCACAGGAGAAGAGGGAAAGGACUACACCAACAGCCCUGAUCUGCUCCACUUAACUCUUCGUUCUUCCCUGCUUCCCUUUCUUUAAUGGCUUCAACGCUAGGGCUUUGGUCCCAGUGUGCCCAAUGUGGAGCACGUUGUUUAGGUUACCUGUACGUAACCCUGGUUCUAUGCGUAGGUGCGAAGCCCUCUAUUGGUUCACGGCAAAUCUCCUCCACUGCUGGUCAGUCAGUCCAGCUGUGGUUGGUCAGCGUGGCUCGACCAAUCAGGAUGCUUCCAAGGUAAAAAAAAAAAAAAAACAUUUUUUCCUUUACUGAAAUAUAUGUGUAGGCCUUAUUGGCAAAUUGUUUCAGGUUUUGUAUCUUUUCCAGAUGAAUGUAUUUCAACUCUUAAUUUAUAGCAUUAUGAAUUUCUUUCCACAUUCAAAUCGAUGUUUCUAUUUGGAAUAUAAGGUCACAACGAUAUGAAGGACCGAAGCAGAUUUGUGAAUAUAAUAUACGAAAUGGGACUUUAUUUCACUUAAAAGGGACUCAAAAUGUUAAGUAAAAACUCUUUAAAAAUGCUUUGUCAACCGUAAACAAUAACUUACAAGACGUCUUAAGAAUAAUACACCAAGAGGGCUAAGCAAUAAUUCAGUAUAAUAAUCAAUAUCCUUCGUAUCAAAUCUGAUCAUAUGUCUGGGCAAAUUGUGAAUAUUUUAGAAAACUUAACUGAAGAGUUUGACUAACAUUGGUCGCUUACAUUAGAAUAAUUGUUUCUGAUGUAAUACAUUCAGCCUGUCUGUCUGAAUGCUGUUACUUGUAGUUAUUUUUUUAUAUGUAACUGAUAGAAAAGAUGUCCAAAAGUUGAACUACAUGUGUGUCAGUUGAAUUAUCUUUUGAAUGUAACCCUAAUUAACAUAGAGUGCAAUGGAAAAGAUCUGAGUGACCGGGAAACCGUUGGUGCACAUGAAAUCUGUCUGACAGUGAUGGUGUGUGUAGCAUUUCUCUAUUGCGGCUUUCAGUUUGUUAAACCUACUUUUGACCUUGGUACUUAGACUGAGUAGGGCUGCACGCUUUGGAAAACAAAAAUAAAUUGCGAUUAUUUUGAUUUGCGAUUUUAUAGGGAAAGAACAUUUACGAAACAUUUUUUAUUUUAUCAUUGAAUGACAUUAAAAUGAUCAACAGGUCAUUUUUUUUCAACAAUGAUUAUGAAUGAAUUGUGUGGAAUAACGACCUCUGCAGCACCACAAUACUUCAUUCAGAUAUGUUUACAUAUUUUUUCUUUACAAAAUAUUGCUUCUACUGCGAUUUAGAUAUUGCACUGGUCCAUAUUGCGAUUUCUAAAAAGGUAUUUCUAAAAUGUUCAGCCCUCAUCAGGACAUAGCACUCAGUUCUUUUUCAAUUCUACCUAAAAAUAUAAGAAAUAGAGCAGACUUUGAUUCCGAUUAAAUGUUGGAUGAAUUGUGUAGCCCUAGUUCUGAGAAAUAAUGAUACGUCAACAUCUUAAACUGUUCAACAUCUGUUUAGACGAAUGACAGAUGUUGUGCCUAGCUUAGCUCAACUCCUGCUAGCCUUUCACAUUCUUUGUUACUGCAGCCAGCCAUUACUGUCACCAUUUUAUAAUGUGGACAUCGCACUACUGCAAACGACGAGGGUUACUAUGCCAACAUGUUUUACUUUUUUUUUAUAUCAAAUAUUUCACAAAUGAUUGCAUUUGAUUUCAGAGUCGUAUGAUUUCACCGUCGUUCCAUUAGCUUUCAUUGAUGACAUUUCAGCUGCUUAGUUUCUUGUUUUCGAACGUGUCCUGCAAUGAAUCAUGGGAACGGCCCCAUACUAGCUUAUUUCAAUACAUUUCAUAUUUUGCUCACAAUUCAUGUAUUUUCAAAGGCUCAGCUAUUUUUUAUCUUUAUUUUGAGUUGUCUGUAUUAAUCCAUCAUCCGUCUUUAUUAAUGACCAAUGUAUGGGUAUUAUUUUGACCAUUGUUCCUAAACCGAGUAUUCAUCUGGCUACAGAUAUAGCUCUGUAUAUUUUCCUAACGACUGGGUUUAAGUUGCCAUUAUCUUUCCCAUAAUGAGUGAGAAACUGAAUUAUGGAAGUUAUAAAUGUAAAAGCAGGCGUGUUAAAGUUUGCAUUCCAGUUGAAAAGUGAUGAACACACACUCAGCAGUAGCUGUUAGAGUUAUGAACAAUAUGUAAUAUUAGGAAUGAUGGACAGAUGUUCUAAGUUGCUCUCAAUAGAUCUCCAGAGAACAAACGGAAAUGGAUUUCUUGUUGCCUUUUCUCUUCCCUCGACCACUUUGUAUUAGCGUUCUCCUCCUGAGGGUUCAUGGUUGAUGGACUGUUGCCAAAUAUUCACUGAAGCACAUUAUUGUAAGAUAAAGCCAAGGAAACAUAAAGCCAUUACUAAUGAUAUACGAUCAUCAUGUGAAACAGAGUAUUUGUGCAGUAAUUACAGCAAAAUGCAUUUCCUUAAUCUCUUUCUUUUAUUAUUAUUAUUUUCCACAUCUUUAAAGUUUACGUCACCCCCUAAUUUAUGCCUAAAAUAUGUUUAUCUCGGGAACAAGAUUCUUAUUCCAAUUUUUCGGGAAAUUAAAUAUGUUUUUAUUAUCCUGUUGCAGCCAUAAAACUAGAUCUCUGAUUGAUUUGACCAGUUAUUAUGAACAAAUAUAAUCCUGAGGUUAUUCAAAUCUGAUCAGAAUAAGAGUUAAUGAAAUGAGCCGCUCUCAUGCGUGGGUGCUGUGAUUUUCUUUCAUGAUCUCUCACUAAUGUUAUUAAGAUUAGCAUGGGAAAUGUUCUCUUGUCAUUAUUGAUCAAAUCUAAAACCAACCCACCUUCCACUCAUUGGAUAAAAACAGACAUAACUGCUUGGUAUUUAGAGAUAUUUAGCAUAGUUCACUUAAUUCUUUGUUCUUUGGGUUAUGAUUUCACAUUCUGUAAGUGAAGUGAAGUCCAAAUGUCAGACGAUUAGAAUGCGAACUGAUGAUGUACUGUGUCCAUGACGUGAGGGAAGCGUUUUCAUCAUUUGAGGAUUUUCUAACUUUGAUUUACACUUCUGUUGCCAAUAAUUGUAACGUAGCUGUUGAUGAGUUCAGGGUGGAUCUGUGUUUGCAGGAUGUCGAGAAAUGACGUGUGUGCCAACUCAACAUUGUACGAAUGCACUUUAAAAAUAUAUUUUUACUUGCAGAGUAAAUAAAUAUUGAAAAAGAAAUGUAA